UUCAGAAGUCACAUGUAAUGGAAAUGCAGAAUGCCAUGUGGAAAUAUCUAUUCAGUUUUUCUUUAAUUUUGCAUAAUUUUAGUGGAGAAUGUGUUUAAUUUGCGCAAGAACACACUGAGACGGAAAAAUGAAGAACAAACCCGGACGUCACAAGACUACUAACUUAUUCAAGUUUCAAUCAUUUGGAGAGCGCAUCUCCGGUGUAAAUGUGGAUGUGUUCCACCGGGUGGGGCAUGAAAAUGAAUCUCCAGAAGAAGGGGAGGACGCUCCAUCAUUUCUCCAUCAGCGAUUGGUCAAGUGGGAUGACUUGAAUUACUCGGAAAGCUAUAAGAAGCUUCGCAGACAACUGCCAGGCAACGUAAAAUCACCAGUGGAUGUUAUAGCUCAGAAGGAUCAAAUUCUGAGCAUUUUGCUUGAAACAUUGAAGAAUCCAGAUCAAUAUUCACUUCAAACUACAUUAGAGCUUGUAGUUGCGCUAGCUCAAGACUUGGAAAAAGAAUUCUACCCGUAUUAUUUUGACGUCUACCAUCAACUUCUGCAACUUCUGAACUGCCAGGACGCUGAUCAGCUUGAAUGGACAUUUUCGUGUCUUGCCUAUUUAUUGAAAUUCCUGUGGAGAGUUCUUGUCAAAAACAUCGGAAUCGUUUUCAAAAGUCUUCUUCCACUUCUGAGUAGUUCGAAACCCUGGUAUAUCAACAAUUUUGCAGCAGACACUUUCGCAUUUGUUGCUCGAAAAGUCAAGGACAGGAAAUCGUUCAUGAAAUUGGUCCUGGAAAAUAUUAGCAGCACGCAUGAUGAUAAAAUUGCAGGUUGUGGUCGAUUGUUUUUUGCAAUCAUCAAAGGAAUUACGGGACAGUUUCAUAGCUGUGCAAAUCAGUAUUUUCCAUUUCUUUUCGAGUCGCUAUCUGAUGAUGAGCUACCACAUGAUGUUUUAUUCAAGAUCCUUGCGGAAAUGUUGGGUCAUGUCAACAAGUCGGUCAGUCCCAAAAAUUGUGAGCUCUUGUGGACUGUUCUUUUGAAUACAUUGAAAAAGUUCUUAGAGCGCUGGAAAGCAAAAUCAACUGAAAAAACCGAAACUAACAUUCAAGACAUGCUAGCGUUAAUACUGAUAGUCUUGAAAGGUAGAGACGCUGCAUCGGUUACCAAUCCAGGUCAACUUAUCGGUGCAACAAUGGAACUUUUGGAUGCAGACCUCCCCUCACAAGUUAAUCGAUUGGUGUCAGACGUCACCUCUACACUACUGAAGUCCCAAAAUCUUCAUUUGUCACAGGAGUCAGCGGUUCAACUGUCAUCAAAGGUAUUCUCAAAAUUCAAUUUCGAGCUCUUAAUAGAGUUUGUAAAGCAAACCCUGAGUUAUGUCAAUUUUGAAGCUCUUAUCCUACCUGGAACCCUUAGUGCUUGUGCGGAAGCUGUAGCAGGAGACAAACAAGUUCUGUUUAAAGUAGUGGAAUUACUUGCUGAAAUAGUAUCAUUCAAAACUUCUUGUUGCGUGACCAGUGAAGACCUGAGUGAAUGGCAGUUCUACUCUCUAAAGGACAACCGCAAAAGGAGCAGCAAAAACCAAAUUUGUGAAUUAAGUGUUGACUAUCUUGAUCGCAUCAAGUCAGUGGAUGAAAUUAUGACUAGCUAUGAAAAUGUUCUCAAUAUUUUUAUAAUUCUACCGCACUUCAAGACGAUGAACUCUAAACAAGCUGCGGUGCUUUUAAGGAUAAACCAGUUUAUUCUGGAUGAAUUGGCAAGGACAGAUCUAAAUUCGGAUGAGCAAAUUUGCAAACUUUUCCACUUGUGGACUUUCGUGCUUAUUACUGUCAUCCAAGUAGAGGACGCAAAAGAGCAGUUCCUCAAAAAUUUAGCUUGUGAUAAGUUUUUGGGUGUUCUAUUGAAACAUUGUCAGCAAGAUAUUUGUACCACUGCAGUCUUAAGAGUUUUGGAUUUUUCCAUCUUUGCUGCAUCGGCAUCUGCGAUCAAUCACAAGCUAUGUUUGAAGAUUGAGCAGGAAGUAGUGAAACACUUGGCAUCACCAUUUCAUAUGAUUCGACUGCUGGCCGCAACCAUUCUAGUCUCUCUAAACAAGAACCAAGAGCAUGAAACUGCCACAAACAAAUUACAGGUUUAUGAAACAAUUCUCAAAGCAGAGAAGUUUGAGAUCAGCAUUACUGCAUAUCGUGACAAGCUGAUAUGUUUGCAACGCUUGGAAUACAAUUCAAAGUUAAAAGAUCUCCUUGAUGACAAUCUCACAGCACCGCUCAGUUAUCUAUUCGGUACUUUGUUCAUUAACUUCAAGUUAAUUUGGAGUCCUGUUAAUGAAAUUGUAACAGCGUACGCCAGUAUGAUGCCUGUUGACAAAUUUUGGCCCAUCUACCGAAACCAGUUACUCUUCACAUCAGAGCUCUGCAGAAACCGGGUGCUUCAAAAACAUCAAGUUGAUGUCCCGUUUAAUGGUCCGUUUCUGAACAGUCUUUAUUCAAAACUAAACUCACUAGAGGAGAAACCUGACUACUUCAAUUACCGCUGUUUGCUCCUGGAAAACUUGAAAAAUUUCAUCACCGUGCGAACGGUCAAAAGCAAAGAAAUUUAUGAACUCUUCCUCGAUUUCAUGGAAAAUGAGUACAAUGUCAUCAACCCAGAUGUGGCCAAAUCGUGGAACGUGAAGCAGCACAACAAGUUCCUUGAGGCAGACGCUGAAGAUGAGGCUAAAAAAGGAGAUGAAGGCUCUCCAGAAGGACCAGAUUUCUCCGCAGAGGUCACCCUUAGUGCUAAAAAGCUUAACAGGUUGCUUAUGGCUUAUCUGAAGCUCAUCUGUUUGCCUCGAAACCAAAAAUUAGCGGAAUUGGAGUCAAAAGUUGAGUCAAUUUAUGAAGACCUGUUGAUGCACCGAUCUUCCGACAUUCAGAAGCUUGCUUUUGAUUGCAUUGUCUCUCGCAAGUAUGAAUAUCUCACCCCAUACAUUGAAAACAUGAAUCGAUUAAUUGACGACAAGACUUUCAAAUCAGAACUGACGGCUUUCCGAAUCGACUCAAAUAGUGAAAGUGUAGUGCCACUUCACAGACCAAAGCUUAUCCCCAUCGUCCUUAGAAUUUUGUACAGCAAGAUGUUGAACACCAAGAAAGUGGGCAGCCACGUUCGACGGACAACAAUUCUCCGAUAUUUAGCAGGUUGUGAGAGUAAAGAAUUGGAACUUUUUGUUGAGAUGUCUUUCAAAUUGUUCAUGCCCUGGGUUCGUAGUAACCCCGAAGUCUAUCCUAUGACAUGUAACAUAAUGUCGUCGUUGAACCUGGAAAACACUAUCCCACCACGUCAGCUGUUUUCAUCCAUCACCCUAGCUGGAGUAAUCUUAACACAAAGCGGUGGUCUAAUGGAUGAGAAAUCAUUGCAGUUGCUCCUGAAAGUAAUAUUGGUGAUCGGAGCCAACAUGAGUGGCAUAUUCUCUCGGUGGCAAAAUGUCCACUCAGGUUAUCACAGCAUGUUGAAUAGAAUCAAAAGUGCAGCCACAGACUUAGUUACAAUGUUUUUCAAGCGCUUUGAAGCCUACAGUUGGACUGUUGAUGAAAUAAAUGCUAUCUUCCAAGUGUUCGUUUGGCCUUGGUUACGUCGGUUACCAUAUGAAGGUGUUUUCAGUCCAACGCCACUUUUUAAGCUGUUUGUAUGCUGGAGUGAAAAUCCACGGUACUUUAAUCUUCUAGCAAAACCUACAAUCAAAGACAAUGUCACACCAUUGGACAUGCUAAUGAAAUUAUUAUUAAAUGAAAAAACUCAUGGAUCGGUUUGUAAUGGAAUCUUGGAGAUAAUAGAGCGUUUACUGACUUUGAGUGAUUUUCAGUCACAUAAAAUUGAAGACGAUGAGGAAAUAGUUAUUAGUCCAAUACCAUUAGAUUUUGAGCCUAAAGCUCCAGAAAAUGGAAAAUUAAAAAAGCGGCUGAACCUCGGAAGUUGUUUGCUGCAUCCGCAUCUCUACUCAAUUCUGAAAAAGUUACAAAGUAGGCUGUUUGUUUCAAGGAAGAAGACUCUGUCUGCCCGAGACCUAUUGAUUCUGUCCAGAGUAACAGAGAUCGCUGAUGGAAAUGAACUUGCAGAGUCAUUGUUAUCUUUAAUUGUACCAGUUUUGUUGAACAAAUCCUCUCAGGCGGAAGAAAUAGUUUACCCAUUACUGACAACAACGCUCAAUCUAUUGAAGCCAGUGAAUGUCGACAAAAGUUACCUGCGUAAACUGGGAAUCCUAUUCGCAAAUAUCAGUCACGUUUCAUGCAGGAAAAUGCUACUGACAUUAACGAAAGCAAUUAGUUCGAAGCUAAACGAUCCGAACGUAAUGGAUGUUAGCAUUCUGUUUGACCUAAAUGCAUACAACAGUAAGUGGGUCGAGCAACCUGACUUUGACAAAAGAUUGAGUGCGUUCAAGACCAUUGAAGAUAAAAUCGAAGCCAAUGCAAUAUCACCUGAACUGGGUGUGAUCCUAAUACACAAUUUCUGCUUCUUUAUCAACCACGAAACAGACAUGGCACUGAGAGAUCGUUCCAGUUUUUGUUUGAAGAAACUGGCCGUUAUGCUUUGCUCAACAUACAAGAGCCAAGAUCUGAACUUCAUUGUCAAUCAAACAAUUGCUCCCAUCAUGCAGAAAUCGUUUAAAGAUAUCAAAAAUGAAAAGAUGUACACGGAGUGCGUAAGUUUGCUGGGCUGCCUGGUGCGAGAGUGUCCACAGGCAUACUUUGUUUAUCAAGAUUUUGCACCGCUGGUCAACAAAGCAGACUUAGAGGUAGACUUCUUUGAAAAUUUACUUCAUCUGCAGUUGCACAGGAAGGUCAGAGCGCUGCUAAAGUUCUCGGAAAUGUGCAAGAGUUUGAAGAAGUCUCCUAAUUUGCAGACUCUGGUCAACUACGCUUUGCCGUUGGUCUCACAGUUCCUAUGCACGCCGGAACACGUAGGGCACAACUCAAUUAUUGAUGCAGCUGUUGAGGCUUUAGGAAGUAUUUGCAAACUUCUACCAUGGCAACAGUAUUAUGCAAUCUUGCAGUUUUAUUUGAGUAAAAUGAAACGACUGGUAGAGUUCCAAAAACAGCUUGUAAAAAUCGUCAAAACCAUACUAGACUCUUUUCAUUUCGACUUGUCCAGAGCUGCAGAGAUUAAAAGAAACCCAAAUGGUAAAAUAAGGAAGAAGAAAAGUACGUCCAACUCGUCUGAUGUGAACUCAGUCGCAGAAGAAAAUGCUGGCGAUGAUACCUUAGAUGACCCCAGUAAAAUUGAAGAUGACCCAGCAGAAGAAACAGUAACAGAAACUGGAAAUGAGAAUGAGGCACCAGAGAAGGAGACAAAUGAGGAAGAUGAGAGCAAUGAAGGAGACGAACCCAAAGACGAAGAUUUAGAAAAGCUAGAAAGAGAGCUUGCUGUCAAUAUUUCCGAGGAACCGGAAAACGUUUGCGUUGAUGAAGAAACAGAAGUUGAGCCUAUUGUCAACCGUUUGUCCGUUCUUCAACCGAUGGAAGCCAGCAAAAUCAUCCACACAAUCGUCAGCAAUCUGUUACCGCAGCUUCGCGCAACUAUCGCUGAACGGUCUCUCACAGAUAAAUUCCACAAGUCAAACAAAAAGAACGCAGGCCCUGAUCGUGACGAAGAAGACAUUCUCCGUAUUCCUCUAGCUCUGACGAUCACGCAGCUCCUUCAAAAACUACCGGAAAAAUUACUGAGAGCCAACAUCCCUGGUAUUUUCAUGAAGCUUUGCAUGUUUUUGACAUCUCGCCUAGAGAGUGUCCGUCGUGCGACGCGGCAAACACUCCAGCAAAUUAUACUGUCCCUGGGACCUGAGUAUUUGGAGACGUUGAUAACGGAAAUGAUAUCUCUUUUGACGAAAGGCUUCCAUGUUUAUGUUCUCGUGCAUACUCUUCAUUCUGUACUGGUGGCAGUGCAACCUUUGUUGAAGGCGGGGGAUAUCGACCGUUGUUUACCACUCAUAUUGAAGGUUUGCAUGGAGGAUGUGUUCGGAAGUAUUGCUGAAGGGAAAGAAUCUGCCCAAGUGCAGGGUAAAUGGGUUGAAGCCAGGGGCAACAGGAGUUAUGACGUUUUCCAUAUAUUGGGUGAAUUCAUCAGUCAAAAAUGCUUGAUCAAUCUCAUCCUACCUUUAAAAGAGGAAUUAGCUUCCAGCUUUGUGCACCAAAGGAUAUUUAGAGUUCAGGAAUGUUUGCGUUACAUUGUCCUUGGUCUAGUGAAUAAUCAGUUUCUUUCAACUGAGGCAAUGCUUAUAUUCGCAUACGGCGUGACGUCACAAAGCAUACCUGCUCUCCUGAAAGGACUGGAACCUGAAACAAACCUCGAUGAGAAGGAAAAAAUCCUAGCUGAAAGAAGAAAUCCAGAUUGUUUUAUUAUCCCUCCAGCUCCAAAAGAAAGGCCAAAAGUGGAGUCGCAUGUUUAUGCCAAAACAAACGCCCACAUUCUAGUUGAAUUUGGUUUGCGGUUAUAUCACUAUCUCCUAAAGAAAGAAAAAGUAAAAGAUCCAAGCUAUCAUCCUCAUCUUGAUCCACUCGUAUCCAUCCUUAGUGACUGUUUGAAAUCUGGCAAGGUGCGGCUGACCAUUCUGGCAUGCAAUUGUCUAUGCUGGGUGCUAAAAAUAGACUUACCAGCUCUUCGAGCAAAUAUCAAAGUUAUUGCGCAACAGCUAUUUGAUCUCCUCCACAAGUAUGCAGCAGCAGGAUUAAGCAAAGGUGAUAACUUUGAGCUAGUCCAGGUGUCAUUCAAAGCAAUGUCAACCCUAGUCCGUGAUGUCAAGUACCACAAAAUAACCAAAGCUCAACUUCGUACCCUACUUUUGUACGCCGAACAAGACUUAUAUGACUACUCGCGGCAAGCUACCGCAUUCACCUUGCUCAAAGUCAUCAUUGGGAAGAAACUCACAGCUCCAGAAAUUCAUGCAGUGAUGGAAAAAGUUGCAUCCCUGAGUAUCACUGCAGAUUUACCUCACGUCAGACUCCAAGCACGGCAAGUUUUCCUUGCUUUUCUGUUGAAUUACCCGCUACGGAAUAAAAUUGAACAACACUUGACAUUCUAUCUGAAACAGUUGGACUACGAACAUCAGACUGGGCGGGAGUCGGCAUUAGAAAUGAUGAACGCAAUUAUAACAACAUUUCCUGAUUCAAUGCUUGCAGGCUACGCAGGACUUUUUUUCCUAUGGCUUGGACCAAGAUUGGUCAAUGAUUCUGCGCCGGAAUGUCGUAAAAUGGCAGCUGCUUGUAUUCAGCGCCUGUUGUCACGCUUGGGAAAAGAGGUCGUUGACAAACUCUUUGACAUGGUGUUGGUCUGGGUGAAGCAUCCAAAAACAAUUUACCGACGAUUAUCAGUCCAGCUCUGCGGGAUAUUCAUCAAGCAUGAGAAGAGCGAAUUUAAGAGGCGAGUAGAAACAUUGUUACCGGUUGUGUGUACGCACCUGAUCGGUAAUUUUGAUGAUAAUCAACCAGGGAGAUUUGUCCGGAUUCAAACAAAAGAAGCAUUGGAGGAAGCUAUGGAUGGUGGGGAGGUUUUGAAAGACCAUCAUCUUUAUCAGCUGCUAAAUAUGUUGGUCAAGCUUUGCGCAGAGUGUCCAGAAGUACUCACGAGUGAUGAGUUUAAAGAUUCGCUACAAGCUAUCAGUGCAAAAGCUCAAGAGCUUUUGGGUCACCCUCAUGAGUGGGUGCGGUUAGGAGCGGCAGAAUUUUUGUAUUCCAUGAUGAGCUCCACACCACCAGCCGAUAUUGCUACCUUGGCCAACAUUCCAGUCGCUGAAGCAGAGCUUGCCUCUGGCUUUUUACGCUCCAAUGUGCGUGAAAGUUUGAAGUCCCUCAUAUUGGACCAUGUCGAUCAACUCCGGCCGGGAGCCCAAAUUCUUGACAAAUUAUUAAUUCAGACCAUGAAAAAUCUAGUAUACAUAGCUGAAGUUUUAAAAGAUGUCCAAGAAAUGGAAGGGGAAGUAAAAGUCUCGCUAAUUUGGCUGGUCAGGAAACUGAGGCAGCGAAUCAAUAUGGAACUAGCCAGAGCUCCCUUAAACACAACAAUCAGGACGAUGGUCUUCAAUUGGUUUGCGGCCCUAGCCCUCAAAUUCACGAAAGAUGAGCUGCGUCAGAUAAUAUUUCAUGCUCUUGCUCCGAUCGUCCGUGAGCUGACUACGACUGAAGCCCACUUGGAAGAGUUGCGUGGCAUUGCCAAAGAGGUCUCUGGAUAUUACAAGCAGAAAUUUGGACUUCAAGAGUAUUCGCAGUUGGUCCACAAAGUCCAGAAUCGGUUAGACAUCAAACGUGCUGAGAGAAAGAAAUCACGUGCUCAAGAGGUCAUCAAGAAUCCAGAGAAAGCAGCCAAGAGGAAAAUCAAGAAACAACUGAGGACCAAAGAUCAAAAGAAACGUAAAAUAGAGCAAUUUAAAUCUGGAGAUCGCAAAAGGAAGAUACAGUCUGUUGAAUUUACUGAUUAAAGACUCGCUGACUUUAGAACUAAUUUUUGGCUGUGAUUUUAUUAAGUUAACAAGUGCCUAAUGAUUGAACGAAUUCUUCUUGGUUUUGUGGUGUGCAUAGAUUUGUUUUACAUUAAUCUUUGUUACGCUGAUAUGGGAGGAAGCAUGUCUUACUAUCAAAGAGCUUUCCUUCGCUGUUAAGCUUUUUGAUCAAAACGUAUGAAAAUUUAGGCAGAUUUAAGGUUAAAAAUAGAAUUUAAUAAUUUUUCUUUUAAACUGUUCAACUACAGUAACCUAACAGGGCAUUGAGACGGCGAAUCUUCUUUUGAAUUUUAAAAGUUUGUUUCAUUAAAUUUAGCUCCAGUGUACUCGGGAAUAUUUGUCUUAAAAAAAGAAUGCUGACUUAGCAGUUUCCUAAUUAGUUGUAUUCUGUUGCAAGUUUUAUGAGUUUUUCAAAAAGUUAUAUAACUGCGUAAUAUUUACGCACUUAAUUUUAAAAAUCAUUCAAGCAUGACCUUGAUGGUUUUUAAAAAACAUAACACUGUAUUCCUCUGUUUUCUUUUGUCUGGAUUACCUGAGUACAUAUCGUAUGCUUGAUACAAAGAUAUUCAGGUCAUCAAUUUUUUAUAGCUAACUCUAAAGGCCCCCGCCAUUUUGAUAAUAAGUCAAACAGCGGACAUAUUACACAGGGUGUAAGGGAGAUAGAGAGCUGAAAAAAGGGAGAAGUGGGGGAAAAGCUUACCCCAUGUUUCUGAAAAAAUCACGAAAAAGACCAGAACUUUUUCCUCUAGUCUGAUUUUCCAUAUAUCAUGUCAUUAUUUUCAUCCCUCAAAAAGAGGCCCCAAAAAAUUUAAUUUUCAAGAGUGAAAUGGAGAACUUUGAGGUCAAGUUCGAGACUCUCUGUAGUAAUGGUUCCUUCGCACAUAUCUGUUGCUAAAGGAUCAAUCCUAAAAUCAAGAGAUUUUUUUAUUGUUUGUAGGAAAAUUCAGUUAAAGUUGGCGAUGCAUAAUUUCAAAACAAGCUCUUAGUAAAAUCAGUGCACAGUAAUUUUAUGAUGAAAAAGAAGGAGUAAAAUUGAUAAUGUUUUAUUACUCUCAUAUAUAUACAACAAACAAAUAACAUACGGUAAUAUCUACAAUAUCAUGAAAUAUCGAAAGAAUAGUAAGAAACUAGGUUGUGCUUUUCAAAGCCAAGGCAAAGAAAUGAAACGAGAAACAGCUACAAACUAACCUGAGCUAUUGAAGGUGGUUUCAGACUAAAAUGACAAGCAGUUGAGAGAAGUGGGCAACUCAAGGCCCUUUAAAGGAUAGAUGACAACAAGAUAGAAUAUGAAUUAUACACUUUUACUGUUACUAGAUAUCCUGUUGUAACGUCAACAAGAUAAGAAUCUCAUGAAAUUUUCCUUCUUAAAUUGAUCCUUUGAAUUUUAGGAAUACCCACGAAAUGGAUUUUCAUGAACCUAAGGCCAGCGGUCAAUGACCUGCUAAAUCUUGCGAUCUUUCAGCUCAUUGAAAGCCAAAA